GAGUUUUUAAAUCUAAGGCAUCAUUCUGGAUAUUUUCUAUUGAUGGAAAAGAUUGCUAAAGAUGUUGGUGAUAUCCAGUCCAGACUGUUGGACCACAGACCUGUUAUCAGUGCAGAAAUCCGCUUCUUUGUCAGAGAGUUUGAGGAGAAACGAGGCUUGAGGGAGAGCCGGCUGCUGGAGAACCUAAACAAAACGGUGCAGGAAGCAAACAAGCAAAUGUUGCCCACUAAUUUAGAGGAAAUAAGCCAGAAACUAUCCGACAUCAGUAAGCGCUUGGAGGCUGCUAAUCACAUGGCAGAGAGAGUCCAGCAGAGGGAGGUAGAGGCACAGCAGAACACCCAGAUGGAGGCAAACAUGGACAAACUAAAAGAAGACUGGGCGGAGUUUCUUAAGGAGCAGCAGAGGUUAAAGGAAGAGGUGGAUGAGGAGCACGCUAAGGCUGUUGGAGAGCUCAGCAUUCGCUUUAAUGAAAAGAAGAAGGACUUGGCACAAUUUUCUGUCUAAUCACUUUUCUAUUCUAAGAAUACUUUGUUUUAAAGAAUUAUGUUUGCUGGUCUAUCCCAUUUAGUGCUGGCAGAACAAGAGCCCAAACGUCAGUGUUGAUGAAUAGAUCAGAUUUAUUGAUCAUAUUUCUGUAACCUGUGAAGCCCCACCAAUGUCUGUAAGACUUGGUGAUAAAUUAAACUCAGGUUGAAAGAAAAUCCAAAUGUAGAUCCAAAGCAUGACUUUCCAUGAUUAAGUUAUUCUAAGCUAAACUAAUUGUAGAACUUGUUACUAUGACUCUGACUUCCUGUGUGAGAGAUAACUGCCCUUAAUAGAAAUCCUUCUUAUUUCACAACAAUUUUGUUUUUGCUUUUUGGUCCCCUUUUUUUUGUGUAUAUUAAAUAUCAUUUGUCUCAUGUCCAGUAAUAUAUCUUUUUUUUAUUUUUACCUUUUGCAGCAUAAUAAACUGAAACUGACAUAAAAUGUUUCAUACCACCUGAAGUUUGAAUAAUAAAAAAAAGCUAUUGUGAAUAAAUACAUGCAGAA